UUCACUCAUAAUUUUAAGUAUAUUUUUAUAGUGUUGCUGGCAACUGCCAUAGCCACAGGCAGUUAAGUGGACAUAACUUCAAUUACAGUAACUUCAUCCUAAAGCAUUUAUAUUGUCUGUUCUUCUGUCAAAACAAUUUCCCAUAAAGCAAUAUCAUUAUUAUGAUCAACUAAAAUGGUUAACAAGUUUUUCAAUAAACCACACUAGAUAAUGCAGAGAAAUAUGCAAUUUAAGAGGACACAAACCAAACUAACUAGAGUCAAUGCUCCAAGAAAACCAAUAAUGAACAUUUAUAUCUACAUUUGUUUAUUAUAAAUUCUUCAUGUUUUCUUUCUUUUAGAACCCUUGUUCCCUGCUAGGGAACUAGGUUUUGACACUUUUUCUGCUUAUUUGUCAAAACUUUCUCUUUGGGAGAUUAAUUAGUGAUAAUUUUUCUCACGUUUAUGUAAUACAGAAGAACCUUCAGUUGCUUUAAUUAAAUUAUUCUGCAUUAAAUCUGAAGACAACAGGUAGUCCUUGACUUACAAUAGUUCAUUUAGUGGCUGUUCAAAGUUACAAAGGCACUGAAAAAAGUGAUUUAUGACAAUUUUUCAUACUUGCGACUGUUGCAGAAUCCCCUUGGUCAUGUGAUCAAAAUUAAGACGCUUGGCAACUAAUAUUUUUGACAGUUGCAGUGUCCUGGGGUCAUGUGAUCACAUUUUACAACUUUCAGACAAGUAAAAUCAACAAAGAAGCCAGAUUCACUUAACAACCAUGUUACUAACUUAACAACUGAAUUGUUGUUACACUCAACCACUGUGGCAAGAAAAGUUGAAAAAAGGAGCAAAACCAAUGUAACUGCUGGCUGCUGGCUGUAAGUGGGGGAGACUGAGAGGGAAUACAGAGGAUAACGCUAGUGGCCUCUAUAAAUAUAAACCAAAAAUAGCAACAAUAAAUUCAGGAUAAGUGCACCUGAGAUUGUGAUUUUGUUUUAUUUCAAAAUGACUGGCUUAGUUCUUGUAAUACUUGUUUUGCAGUUGUCUUUCGCAGUACUCUUUUCAAAUGUGGAUACUGUCCUCUUUAUAAACAAAUUAUUAGUGUACAUGGACAGAUUACCUAUCUCUAAUCUGUGCUCUCCAAGCAGAAAUUAGGUAUCCAAUUCAGCCACUCCACUUUUUUGAGCUGCUACGCUAUCAGCCCCCUCUACCACAAAGAUCCAGCAGGAGAAGGGCAAUAUGGACAUCUGUGGGAUCUGGCAGGGUGAGAGCUGUGAAGCAUAAACACAAAGCUUUUGCUGUGUCCCAGCAUAACAGAAACAGUGCCCUUGCUGACUUUAAUAGGGACAUUAAAGUGACAGGUCAAGAUAGUUGUCACGACGAUGAUAACUCAAAUGAGCAUGAGAUCAUGGUCCAAGACAAAGAACUUGUUUUGGAUGGUGGAAAGUGUGGUAUUACAGGCAGACAAGAUCUCAGAAACACUGAAUUAUAUUUUUCAAAGAUCCUCAAGCACCGGGAACUGCCAGAGGACUGGAAAAGAGCUGAUGUAGUUCCCACCUUCAAAAAAGGAAAAAAAAAUAGAUCCAGGAAACCACAGACCUAUCAGCCUGACCUCAAUACCAGGAAAGAUUCUGGGAAAGAUAAACAAGCAACGAAUCAGCGAACACCUAGAAGCAAACAAAGUAAUAACCAAAAGCCAACAUGGGGUUGUCAAAAACAUAUCAUGCCAGACUAAUCUUACUGCAUUCUUUGACAAAGUGGCAAAAUUAGUGGACCAGAGGAAUGCUGUCGAUAUAAUUUACUUGGACUUCAGUAAGGAAUUUGAUAAAGUAGACCAUAACCUACUUCUAGAUAAAAUAAAAAAAUGUGAGUUAGACAAAAUCAUCACCAGAUGGAUUCAUAACUGGCUGACCAACCGCACUCAACGUGUAGUCCUCAAUGGAACUGCAUCUACAUGGAGGGAAGUAUGCAGUGGGGUACUCCAAGGCUCUGUUUUAGGCCCAAUACACUUCAGCACCUUUAUCAAUGAUUUGGACGAGGGGAAGAUGGGGAACUCAUCAAAUUUGCAGGUACACUAAGCUAGCAGGAAUAGCUUGAACAUUGGGCACUAUCUAACCAAAUGAAAUUUAAUGGUGAAAAAAGUAAGAUUCUACAUCUAGGCAAGAAAAACAAAAUGCACAGGUAAGUGGUACCUUGCUGAAUAGUAGUAACUGUGAGAGGGAUCUUGGAGUCCUAGUGGAUAACCAUUUAAAUAUGAGUCAGCAGUGUGCAUCAGCUGCCAAAAAAGCCAACACAGUUUUAGGUUGCAUAAGCAGAGGGAUAGAAUCAAGAUCACAUGAAGUGUUAAUACCAUUUUAUAAUGCCUUGGUUAGGCCCCACUUGGAAUACCGCAUCCAAUUUUGGACGCCAGAAUGUAAAAAAAGAUGUGGAGACUCUAGUGCAGAGAAGAGCAACAAAGAUGAUUAGGGGACUGGAGGCUAAAACAUAUGAAGAACGGUUGCAGGAACUGGGUAUUUCUAGUUUAAUGAAAAGAAGGCCUAGGGGUGAAAUGAUAGCAGUAUUCCAAUAUCUCAGGGGCUGUCACAAAGAAAAGGGAGUCAAGCUAUUCUCCAAAGCAGCUGAGGGCAGAACAAGAAACAAUGGAUGGAAACUAAUCAAGGAGAAAAGCAACCUCGAACUAAGGAGAAAUUUCCUUAGUUAGAACAAUUAAUUAGUGGAACAACUUGCCUCCAGAAGUUGUGAAUGCUCCAACAUUUCAAGUGUUGCUUGGAAUGCUCCAAGUUUUUAAGAAGAUAUUGGAUAACCAUUUGUCUGAAGUGGUGAAGGGUUUCCUGCCUAAGCAGGGGGUUGGACUAAAAGACCUCCAAGGUCCCUUCCAACUCUGUUAUUCUGUUUUGUUUUGUUUUUUACUGUCUCACUUAGCACCAAAAAUUUUGGCUUCAGUUGUGGUUGUAACUCAAGGACUACCAGUUUUUGGUUUUGCUGCUGACAUAAACAGUGAAACUGGCAUAAAGCUAUAGAGGCUUGAGAAGAACUUAUUAAUGUAGAGCAACCUUAGGAAUAUGAAGAAAAAAAAAUCUGAACUAGAAUAAUUUGAUGGCAAAUGUUUUAAAUAUAUUACAGCUCCUAAAUUUAUGCUGCAAAACUGAUGACAAUGGGAAUAACCGGAUGCAAAAAAGAAUAUUGAAAAAUGAAACUUGUACUUACCACCUGGUGGUAUCUGGAUUUUAGAAACUCAGAUCUUGUAGCCCUGGAUGCAGAAAUACAAUUUUAGACCUAUACUAUAUUGUUGCUCAUUUGCAUCACAUAACACAGAAAGGUUCUCAAACUGUGGAAAGCAAAACUAAUGAAAGUUAGUUUAGUUUUCCACUAAAAUUACUUCAUUUUUGUUGCUACCAACAAUUCUUCUAUUCUCUAGAGUAGAAAACAAUUUAACAGUAGGCGCAUGUUUUCAUGUAGAAACACUAUAAAAGAAAUGGUCUACAUUUUAUGGCAAUUGAGAUGAUGUUUCUGUUUUCUACUUACUAAAAGGAGCAGAAUAUUACAUAGUUUUGACAGCAGGUGUCUCUGUUGCUUUAACUGCUUAAGAGAUUUCAUUAAAAAUAUUUUCAUUGCUGCAUUUUACCUCAUGCUUUUGCAAUACUUGUUAAUUAUUAAAAACCAAGUGACACACAUUGGUUGUAGAUCCAGGCCUUAUCUAAUGAGAUAAAAAGUGACUGCAGCAAUCAUACAGAACACAAUCAGGAACCAGAAGCUGAAAUAUUUUAUUACGACCUUCCUGUUAAACUAUGAAGAGGGACUGAGAGAUGUUCAGAAUAUCUGAUUGUGUGUUUGUUGGAGCGGCUAUUUGUAUGGAAAAAUCCGGAAAAGAUUUCAAACAUCAUGUUCUUUUUCAUACAGAGACAGUCAAACUUUUCUAAACCAUGAUCUUCAGCUAAAAAGAUUCAAGGAAACUGCUUCCUCAAUGGACAAACUUCAGAGAUGGACUGGGCUGAUUAUCAUUCUGAUGGUCUACCUAACAAAUCCUGGCUUUGGCUAUGCCAUCGUAGAAGGCCCUCAAAAUUUAACAGUUGUUGUAGGUUCAGUGGCUCGAUUUAGCUGCACAGUAUCAGAUGGGUGGAAAAUUUUGAUAUGGCUUUUCAAUGGAAAUCCUAAACUGUCCGUGUUGAGUACUGGAAAAACCAUUGUAACAGAUGGGCGAUAUACUCAGAAAGGUUCUAACACAAGUAGUAGCAGGUUUACUUCAGAGCUGAUGAUCCAUAAUGUUCAGCUGACAGAUUCUGGACAAAUCAAAUGUAGUCUCCAGAACAAUGACAAUAGAUAUGCAUUUCUUUCUGUACAAAUAGGAUGUGAUAAUGAAGAUUGGCGAAUCCGAACUAUAAUUUUAGCUGUUGUGUUGUCAGUUGCUCUUUUACUCCUUCUGAUCCUUAUUAUUCUCCUUAUUAUAUGUUGCUGCAAAAGAAGGAAAGAGUCCAACUAUCAAAGUGAGCUAAGAAAGAUUUCAUGGAAGAAAGAAAAAGGUAGAAAUUUGGAAACUGUGAGUCACAGUGGAAAGGAAAACUAUGGCUACAGUGCAGAGCAAAUGCCACGAGAUCACGCUUCCUUCCCAGUUACAGAAAUUGUUUAUGAUACAAAGAAAGAUCUGAAUGUGAGCUCUUCAUCAGAGGUGUUGAACAAUGAAUUUCAAGCAGGAGGACUUCCUUCAAGAACUAAUGUUUAUCCAAUUAAUCCAGUCAAGAUCAGAAAUGUGACACUAAUAUAGGAAAACAAAUAGCUAUAUCAUUUCUUAAAAUUUUCUCAUUUAUUUGAAAUCAUUAUCAAUUUAAUAAUCUCUGAGGAAUUUUAAUGAGAAGCCGCUGCUGUUUCCCCAUAAAACAGAAUAUUUUAAAUACUUUAAAUAUUUACUUUCUGUCUACUUUAAAAUUUAUUGUAAACUAGUGGAAGUUUCACUAUCAACUUUGACCUGUUAAUUCAAAAUAAGAUUUUGUUUAAUUAUCAUCUCUUUUUGUGUAAUUGUCAUAUUCUAAAUCAUAAGAUCCAUGAUGUUAAUUUUAUUUUUAAAAUGCAAGCACUUAUGAUUUAAGAUUAACAAUAAGGUUACAUAUUCAUAUAUUUCUGGUUACGCACCUCAUACAGUGAUGACAUGACAAGGAUAUGCAAGGAUAUGUACAAUUCAUAUUUAAAAUAAAUCCAAAAUGGAUUUCCAUGAGAGCAGAUAUAAAAGCUUAAAUAAAAUGGAAUCCAUUGUGACAUGGCAUUGAAUAUAUUUAGUGCUAUUGAUUCUUCUCCAGGCAAAAAAUGCACAGAUAUCAUGAUUUGUUUGCAAAAGAUUAUGUAAGAUAGUAUAUACUUAAAAUUUGCAUUAAAAAGUAUAAUGUAUAGUGAUUUUCAUUUUAAAAAUUCUCUAGUUAUAUAUAUAUAUAUUUUAAAAAGAUUCUAUCCCAAUAAUUAAAUUAGAAUAAGUUUGCAGUAAAAUACAUAUAACACUAUAUUUCCAGUAUAUUGGGGAAACGUGUUAAAUACAUAUGUUGAAAAGCUUUGUUACAUAUAUAAGUAUGCAUUUAAAUUAUAUUUAUUAGGGGAUAUUGCAUAUAGAAGCUCCAUAUUAAGUAAAGUUUAAAUGACAAAUCAGAAUAUAUAUAUAUAUUGUUAAACAAGCAUUGAAAAUAUUUCUGAUAUUACUGUGCUAAGCAACUUAACUUCCUUGAGUUUUACUUACUACUGGCGUAUGUUAUCACUUAAAUUACAUUUUUUAUUAUUUAAUUUACUUA